AUGUCUAACAAUGACGACACCGCUCCUGCGGCAGAAACUGAGGAGAAGCCCACAAACGACAUAGAUAAUGAUACCUACGAUUACUUGUUCAAAAUAGUCCUCAUCGGUGAUAGUGGUGUGGGUAAAUCCAAUCUCCUGUCUCGGUUUACAAGAAAUCAGUUCAGUUUAGAAACAAAAUCAACUAUCGGUGUUGAGUUUGCAACACGUUCAGUGGAGAUCGACGGCAAAGUUAUCAAGGCCCAAAUAUGGGACACUGCUGGACAGGAGCGCUAUCGAGCUAUUACGUCAGCCUACUACCGUGGGGCUGUAGGGGCACUGCUCGUAUACGACAUUGCCAAGCACCGAACAUACGAGAACGUCCAGAGAUGGCUUACGGAACUGCGCAACCAUGCUGACUCGGAUAUUGUCAUCAUGCUUGUUGGAAACAAAAGCGAUUUAAAGCACUUGAGAUCAGUAACUGAGGAAGAUGCGCAAGCGUACGCCACAGAAGAGAGCCUUCGCUUCAUCGAGACAUCAGCGUUGGAAGCCACAAACGUGGAGGAUGCGUUCGUGAAGACACUGGAGGAGAUCUACCGCAUUGUUUCUGCCAAGGGACUGGAGGAACCUACUGACAACGGUAAACCCGAUACUAUAACUGUGGCGCCCACAAACGAGUCUGAGAGUCCGGCCGAGAAGAAGGGGUGCUGUUAA